AUGUCGGCAAUUCGCUCCGACUCGCUGGAUGAGGGUGUUGUUUCCGUCUCGGGCAAUGAUGCCCUUAAUGAGAAGACAAUCAUCAAUGUCACCAGCAAAGGUGAACACCACCUCACUACUACCUCCAUCGGGUCUGGAGAGAUUGGAGAUGAGGAUGAUCGCAAUAGUGAUGAUGUGAUCAUUGUCGAUGGUGUCGAUGCGGCGAACCACCUGCUCCCCAUGCGGGAUGAUGGGGACCCAGCUUUGACAUUUCGAAGUCUCAUCUUAGCCUCGGGUCUCGCGUGCUUCCAGGCGGUUAUGUAUCAGAUCUAUAUGUUCAAACCUACCGCCAUUACCAUUCAAGGAACUUUCAUUGUUCUUAUUUCGUACUUCGUUGGCCGAGCCUGGGCCAAGUUCCUUCCCCGUGGAGACAAGUUCGAGGCUCGAUGGAGGGCAUCGGGCGGCCAGGGAAAGCUUCCCAUGCAUAUCACCAUCCUUAAAUUUAUCAACAAUGGGCCGUGGACAUUGAAGGAGCACGCGAUUUGCUCUAUCACGGCUACCAGUGCUUCAAACGCCGCCGCAAGUUCAGAGGUGUUCGCAGCCCAGGAGCUAUUUUACAAUAUGUCGCUGAGCCCAGCAACUGUCAUCUUGAGUACUAUCUCUAUUGGCUUGUUUGGCUACGGAAUCUGUGGACUCAUGCGUCCCAUUGCGGUCUGGCACGUUGAUGCUGUCUACUGGAGUACCUUGCCUACUGUCAAGGUACUUCAAGGACUUCAUUGGCAGGAGAUCAAGAAUUCGAAACCAUUGAGAUACUUCUGGUAUGCUUUUACUGGAAUGACUCUCUACGAAAUUUUCCCGGCCUACAUUUUCGUCUGGCUUAACUCCAUUUCUAUUCCGUGUCUGGCUGCUAUGAAGGCUACCGGUAAUAAGGCUGCUGUCCUUACUAACAUCUUCGGUGGAGCCUCUAACAAUGAGGGUCUGGGUCUCUUCACUUUUUCUUUCGACUGGCAAUAUAUCACCUCAUUCCAAACUGCUCUUCCACUCACGCUUCAAGCUCACCAGGCCGCCGGUUUCGUUGUGUGCUUUAUUGCCAUGCUUGGAAUCUACUACGGAAAUGGCUGGGGCGCGAAGUCGCUCCCAUUCAUGUCCACGAAGCUUCUCAUGAGCAAUGGAACUGCGUACCCUGUCGCUGACGUGUUUGUCGAUGGUGUACUUGAUGAAACGCAACUGCUCAAAUAUGGUCUGCCUAAGCUGACCGGAACUUUCGCGUUCGCCAUGUUCAUGGCCAAUGCUGCCAUCGGUGCUCUCAUCAUUCAUUGCAUCCUCUUCUGGGGCAAGGAUAUUGUUGCUGCGUUUAAAAAGGCCAGGGAAGGUCGCUACGAUGAUCGCCAUCAUGAGCACAUGGCUAAACACUAUAAAGAAGCGCCUUGGUGGUGGUAUAUCGGCGUCCUUGUCAUCAGUUUUAUCCUGGGUCUUAUUGUGGUCCUCAAAGAGAACAUUGGUCUCCCGGCGUGGGCAUAUGUUGUCUCUUUAAUUGUCGGAAUCAUUGUGUCGCCCUUUAGCACUAUUCUGUACUCUCGCUACGGCAACGGUAUUGCCACGAACAACCUAUCGAAGAUGUUGGCGGGUCUUAUGAUUCCUGGACGUCCAGUCGGCAACAUGUAUUUUGCUGCUUGGUCACACAACGUCAUUUCCAAUGCAGUCAGCUUGUCAAACGAUCUGAAGAUGGGUGAAUACUUGAAAAUUCCCCCACGUGUCAUGUUCUUGACUCAAAUCUGGGGUACUAUCCUCGGUGGCUUUAUCAACUACGCUGUGAUGAUUUCAAUCGUUGCAAAGAACAAGGUGGUCCUCAACUCAGCCAAUGGCAGCAACUCCUGGAGUGGUGCCACGCUGCAAGCCUACAACACCAAUGCAACCUCUUGGGCCCUGGCUUCCUACCUUUACAAGAUGGGCGGCCAGUAUUGGAUGGUUCCCAUUGGUAUUGCUAUCGGUGCUGGUACUGUUAUUGUUCACCGCAUCUUCUACCACUUCGUCCCCAAGAUCCGUGGCUUCGACGUUGCCGACAUCAACAUGCCCCAAUUUAUUCAGUAUGCUGGCUACAUCCCUUACAACCAGAGUCAAACCUGUGUGCUCUUCAGCUGGGUCUUCGCCGGUUUCUACGUCCAGUACUACCUCCGCAACUACCGUCCACGCAUUUUCAAGGAUUACUCGUACUUGAUCACUGGUGCCUUUGAUGGUGCCAGUCUGACUGUGUUGUUUAUCCUUUCAUUUGCGGUGUUUGGCGCUGGAGGUCCAGCCCAUGCUUUCCCGUCGUGGUGGGGUAACAACUCCAACGGGAACUACGAUCUCUGCCCGGUGUCUGAUUAGGUCUAAUUUGCCUGGAGAUGCCAAAUGCCCU